GGAAACAAAACAUCACAUCCAAACGUAAUGGCGGCUCCUACAGCUGUCAUGCCGGGCAUGGGUGAGAGUUAAGUUGAAUGGUUACAGGACAGUUUUUUGUAGAUUAACCCCAGUUUAUCCAGAAAGUGAGGGUUUCUUCUGACGUUGGCAGCUGAGGAGUUAGCCAUGCGGGCUUCACGGUUCGUCAGCAUGUUUGCAGCCUCCAGGGGGAAGGUCAAGCCUCUAUUCUCUCUGAGCAGGACGCUGUCCUCCGCGGAACAUCCUCCGGCCGAGAGCCGCUCUGUUCUGCCGGAACCGGCCGAGGAGCGGAGCCCGAGCAGGAGAAAAGACCCGAGCGGCUGCUCCGUGUUUCUGUUCCCGGGUCAGGGCAGCCAGUUUGUGGGCAUGGCCAGAGGACUUCUGAAGUACCCCAACGUCAGGGAGAUGUUCUCAGUCGCCCAGAAGAUCCUCGGGUACGACCUGCUGUCCCUGUGCCUGGAGGGACCCGAGCAGGAGCUGAUGAAGACGGUUCACUGCCAGCCGGCGGUGUUUGUCACGUCACUGGCUGCGGUGGAGAGACUUCACCAAGAGAACCCAAAGGCCACUGAGACGUGUGUUGCUGCUGCAGGCUUCAGCGUUGGAGAAUUUGCUGCUCUGGUCUUUUCUGGUUCCAUGAACUUUGCAGAAGCUUUGUAUGUGGUGAAGGUGCGAGCAGAGGCCAUGCAGAAAGCGUCCGAGCUGGUUCCCAGCGGGAUGCUGUCGGUGACUGGUCGACCUCAGGCUCAGUAUAAAUACGCCUGCCUGCAGGCUAAAGAGCACUGCAAGAGUUUGGGGAUUGAGGAUCCUGUGUGCUCUGUGGCCAACUAUUUGUUUCCUGAUGGCAGGGUCAUUGCAGGACACCAAGAGGCUCUGGAUUUCCUCCAGCACAAUGCAAGUCGUCUUCAGUUUACGAGGACCAAGCUUCUCCCAGUCAGCGGGGCCUUUCACACUGAGCUGAUGAGGACGGCUACAGAACCACUCAGGGAGGUUCUCAAACAGGUGGAGGUGCGGCGUCCUGAGAUCAAAGUGUACUCCAACGUGGACGGGAAGCGCUACAUGAACGAGAGCCACUUGCGCAGACAACUGGUGAAGCAGCUGGUGACACCCGUGAAGUGGGAGCAAACGCUGCAUGAGAUCUACGAGAGGACACAGGGGGAGAAGUUCCCCCACACCUACGAGGUCGGACCCGGAAAGCACCUUGGUGCCACUCUUAAAAGGUGCAACAGGAAGGCCUUCAUAUCAUACACACACGUGGAAGUCUCCGCUUAUGAAGACUGAUGCAUGCAGAGACGAUGACUCUUCCUGUGGUGGUUCCAGUUGUUGCUUCCUUGUGGUCUUGUUCAGACGAUACUUUGUAAUUAAAUACAUGUCUUUUUAUAAUGAGAAGUAAAGUUUUUGUAAUUUGAA